UAAAUGCGGUCCUGAAUAUUCUGCUAGCGCAAAAGAUUUUUCUACUUGACGUAUAAAUUUCUAUUUGCUACGGUUUACCAAAAUUAAUAUGUCUGAUGGAAUACAUGAUAGUGUUAAAGAUUAUUAUGGUAAGGUGCUACAAAAAAGUGGUGAUCUGAAAACGACUGCUUGUACUACAUCGGAGAAUGAAUCCAUGUCCAAAUCGGUUAAACACGCCCUUAGCUUGUUAAGUGACGAAGUUCACGAAAAAUAUUACGGCUGCGGAAUUGUUUUACCACCUGCAUUAGAAAAUUGCACAGUUCUUGAUCUUGGCUGUGGUGCUGGUCGUGACUGCUUCUGCUUAAGUAAAUUAAUUGGUGAAAAUGGGCAUGUUACCGGGCUAGAUAUGACACAAGAGCAGUUAGAUGUUGCGAAUAGAAAUAUUUCUUUUCAUACCGAAAAAUUUGGUUAUUCUAAACCUAAUAUUGACUUUAAGAAAGGCUACAUCGAAAAACUAACGGAGGCCGGUAUCAAAGCAUCUACUUUUGACGUCAUUGUGUCUAAUUGUGUCGUAAACCUAUCACCAGAUAAGGAGGCCGUCCUGUCGGAAGCUUACAAAGUUCUAAAGGAAGGAGGUGAGUUCUAUUUUAGUGACGUUUACGCUGAUCGACGUCUAUCUGAAGAAAUUCUAAAAAAUGAGGUCCUAUGGGGGGAGUGCAUAGCUGGUGCAUUAUACUGGGAAGAUUUAAUUAAUUUGGCAAUAAAAGUAGGUUUUACCUCGCCGCUACUGGUGAGUGCGAGUUACAUUGAUAUAAAGAAUAAGGAGCUAAAGAAAAUUCUUGGCUGUGCUCAAUUUAUAUCAGCUACGUACAGAUUAUUCAAAAUUCCGAAAGGAGAUUUUCGAAACUCUAUUGCAGUUUAUAAAGGCGGAAUAGAAGAUUUUGAGUCUAAUUUGAAAUUUGAUUACAAUCACAGUUUUCAGAAAGGUAUACCCGUGCCAGUUACUGGUGAAUUGUCUGGUGUGUUGAAAGGAUCACGUUACUCGAAAUUCUUUACAGUUGAAGAGCAAAAGCAUUCCUCUGAAAUUAUCAAUCCAUUCCAUGUGGCUGGAAAAUCUUCAGGUGGAUGCUGCGGAAAGCCAAAACAGGAAGAAAAGAAGACAAAAUCAUGCUGUUCCGGCGAGAAAUGCAAUUAA